GGGUUGGUGCUUCUACAAAUAGGCCUUUUUCCAAUUCCCAUUUCUCUUCACUUUCUCUCUGUUUCUCUAAUUUCCAAUGGCUUCUUCUCGAAAUUCCUAUUUAUUAUUCAUUCUCCUCCUCUCCACGGCCGCGGCUGUGGCGGAGAGAAAAAUUGGGGGUUUAGGCCGGCAAUUGGAGGCGGAGGAAGUGCGGCGGAGAGAGGCUGAUAGAGUCACCGACUUGCCAGGCCAGCCGCCGGUGAACUUCCACCACUACGCCGGCUAUGUCAAGCUCCGUCCACAACAACCAGAAGACCAAAAGGCAUUAUUCUAUUGGUUCUUUGAAGCCCAAGACCAAAACGACGUCGCUUCAAAACCCCUCGUUCUUUGGCUCAACGGAGGACCUGGCUGCUCGUCCAUAGCUUAUGGAGCUGCGCAAGAGUUGGGUCCCUUCCUUGUUCAAAGCAAUGGGCAAUUGAAACUCAAUGAUUUCUCUUGGAAUAAAGGUACUUUAACUUAAUUACUUGGUUCAAUUUAG